UUAUAUAGACCAGAAAUCCUGGGAUGCUGAAAUUUGCUAAUGCUUAGUGAUGAUCAUCCUUCUUUAACCUAAGAGGCAACAUGAGAGGACAUGGAAUAUUUCACCGACAAACUAAGAGCAUAGACAAAAAAUUGUGCAGUCUCACUUGAAGGUUUAUUUUUUUGUGGGAAAAGGGGUAACAGGCUUCAGACUUCAUUGAUAAAAGUUUUUGUCUAAGAUACCUUGGAUUAAUAGGAAAUAAAAACUUGUGGAGACAAUUUUUGAAAGCAACCUUUUGAGAAAUGGCUGUGGGCAGAUUUUGGUGUUUCACCAUUGAAACCUGUAAAAGAAGUUUUAGAACAUCCUUAGCAUUCUUAUAAUAAUAAUAAGCAUUCUUAUUAAAUAGUAGUAGUUUAGAAACAAGGCUUUAAUUCUAAAACUGCCAGCCUUUGUAACUUGAUUUUUAUAAUUUGAAUUGGCUGACAUAGCUGAACACUUGCAUUUUGUUUGCUGCACGUCUGUUGGAUCUAAACAUCUACCUGGAUGUUCUGAUGUGCUCCUCUCAUCGCAUUGAUUUUAUUGAUAGUCCACAAAAACCCAGUGCUACCUGCCCAGUGUUUUCUUGAACAGAGGAACAUCUUCAGCCUACUGCUUACUAACCAGUGCUGGUUUUGUGAGCUUUGUUUGAAAUGUUGUGAAGCUUGCUAGAGAAACUGCUGAAGGUAACACGCAUAGUUAGCUUUGAACAUGCACGAACUCAAGCUUAACUUUGUUACAGAUACAGAUAAAUAAUGCUUCAGCUUUCUAAGUGUGAGGUAAGGCAUUGCUUAGCUACCUCAAGUGAGUGAUAUAAAACUGUCUACAUGUAGAGAGAUUAAAAAAUACUACAGAAGGUGGUGACCUCAAGCAGUAUGUAGGUAUUGACUGUUGAAAAUGAUUGAAUAGUCAGUUGCAGGACAGCUAGUAGGUUUGGGAGUAAGAAAUGGAGAGGUAGUGAGGUUUGCUUCUUCCCUCAAUUCUGAAGUGCCUUAAGCAGAAGUGUACAGAUGGCUUAUAAAUUAAGGGAUUAACGCCUGUUUGCAUUUACCUAACAUUCAGUUGUGGGUAUUCCCAUUCUCGUGGAAUGUAGUUUUUGGACGUUGAAGUCUGGCGUGGCCUGGUAUUUAAGGGUGAUGGGCUUCAGGCACUGGGGGUUCAAAGUCGCAGUGAGCAGGUGCUGCAUUUGAAGUUUCUCCAAGCUCCAGUCCUGGAAGAUGGAGCAAGUUAUACAGCUGGAAUGACUUUGGAAGUGCUAUGAAGAAGAUGAAAGGAAGCUUACCUGUCAACAGACUGAUACAUGAUACUAGGGCUCUGUUUUGACACAAUACAUAUUAGGCAUGGAGUGCACCACCAUCUCUGAAGCAAGGUUUAUGAAGCUGUCUUAACAUUCACUGUUGCAGCUUAUGCGCUUAGCUUGUAUGAUGAAGCGGGGUUUUCUUGGAACAGCUAGGUCUGUGUACUAAGCCAUAGACCUUUAUUAGCUGCUUUGGCUUGUGGAUUUCCACAGUAAUUUAAAGUCGGUAUUUGACUCACAAGAUAAGCAUUGUUUUCCAUUAGGCGUUGCGUCUGAAGGAGUUAAGUGGGAGGUUUUACUAGGUACGAUCUUUGGUGAUGGUAUUUUAAAUUUUCUUCCCGUGCAUGCUUGUCUAAGUUAUUUUGGUUCUAUGUUUGUGUUGUACUUACUUGUCAAGACUCAAGUGGAUUAGCUGUAGCAUCAAAAUGAUUAACAGUAACUAGAAGUGGUGAGUAGUUCUAAACUUUUGAAUUUAUUUUCAACAAUUUGGAAUAAUAAGACGAGACAGCAUGCAGUGGUGUCAUUUAAGAGCUGUGCUUCCAGAGGCACUGCAUUGCAACAGUUUUCAAUUUAUUUAGUCUCUGUGUUUUGAAGGUCAUUAUGUCGACAGUAGAUGCUCUUAAAUGCAUAUUUGGAAGUUGUGUGUGGGCUGGGAGGAGAAGGAUGGAAUGCUUUCCUUGGUCAGGAUUCCCAGAAAUGACUGAAAAUGAAACUGGGUUUGUGUAGCAAGAGAAUAGCCUUUUUGUUUUUUUUUUUAACAUUUUAAAACAGGACAAAUUAACUAAGAUUUAACUUGUCUUGCGUUUAUAGAUGCUACCAGUUAGUUGCUCUCGGUGCAGUGAUGGUUUUCCUGCUAAUCUGGGGUUUGCAGAAGCACAGCUCAGAUAUUCACAGGUCUCAGUAUCUGCUGUUGAAGUUGACUUCCCAUGUGUUCAGCUGCCCUGUUUUUACAUAGCCCUGACAAAAGAGGGAGAUCUGUGAAUUGAGAAAAGUUGCUGGAAGAGCUACUUGUCAGGACAUCUGCAGUCAUGAAGCUGGUGUUGAGAUGCAUCCUUCUUGAUAGAAGAAAGUAGUUUUAGGAGUGUGGAGAAGAUUUGGAAGGGAAGGGGGGUGAUUUUGGCAGUUCAGCCUCUGCCCCUCUGGGUGGAGGAAGUGUGUUUCCGUAUGGUAGAGUUGCAAUUUACUCUCCGACUCGCUAUAGAGGGGGUUUUACACAGACCCAUAGCUGUAACCAGUUCUCUCCAGUCCUGUCUGAGGCUGUACCUAGCAAACCAAACCUUGGAGCGGGCAUGCCAGCUAAAGGCUAGGUGUUUCUCUUGAUACCAUGACAAAGUUGAAUUUUGUUCAUUCUGCAAUGCUUUGAAUUGUGGGGAACUGUUGUGAAAUGUGUAAAGGUAUGGGUUUCCCUUAUAACUGGGCAUACCUUGAGCUAGCAGAAUUCAGGAAUCCCUAGUUUAAAAGCCAGUUUUGCAGAAGUUCAGUAUGGUAUGUUAACUGUCUUCCAGUCCCCUUCUAGCACAGGGACUUCAUUUAUCCCAGAGCUGGUGGACAGGCCGUCCCUAUACAACAUGUGGAGAGUGACGUGCUUAUGGAUUAGUACAAGCCGUUACACUUCACUGUAGUGCUUUGUCUCCAUUACAUUGAGCCUAAUUAGGGGGUGGAGGCUGAGCUGUCUCCUGCUCACCAGGUUUUACUGCCUUGAACCAUUGCAGCUGGUUCCCUGCCAGAGGGCCUGCCAAAAAUCUGUUGAGAAGAAGCAAGGAAGACUUCUCCUGGGCUGUUGGCUUCAUCUUUUUGAGCAUAUCAGUGACACCGAGGCCUGAGGUUUCCCGAGGGCUGUGUAGGCAGUGUUGGUUGCUAAUACUGUGCUGUGGCUGGGAAGAGUCAAUGAAAGGGCAGAAAGGACUGGGGAGGAGGAACCGUGCCAGUGCAAACGGGCUGCAGGCUGAGGACCCCGGGAGGGAGCAGGUGAAAUGCACAUGCCUGCGGGGGUGAGGGGUGCGCAGACACCUCCAGCCCCAUGACUGGGGGGAGGCAGGUAGACAGCUGCCAUGAGGGUGUCCAAACAAUUCAUGCUUUCGUAAUCUUCUGUUGUAUGUAUCAGACUGGGGAAACCAUCUUGAUGUUUGUUCCCUUGUCCUUCUUGGUGUAAUCCUGGACUUGGCAGGUUCAUGGCCCUCAUGAUCAGAAGGACAGCUGGCAUCCCAGACACAGAUGGUGUGCUGGAAUGUCCUGGUUGGUCCAGAGAAUGCCAAGAGUGGUGCAUACACCUGCCAGAGAAUGUGUUCCUCCUUACCCCAGCACAGGCAGGAGAGGCUCCCUCUGUCCUCGCAGAGACUGCAAGGUGCAAUGGGUUCCUGUAGUUCAGGGUCUGUGGUGAAAACAUGUGGUUAAGCUGGGCUCAUUGUGGUUUGGGUAGCACCUCAUGACUUGGGUGUGGGUAAUGUCUCCCAUGGUGCAGGGGGCACCCUACUGCAGCAAACGGUUUUCUCCUUGCAUAGGAAGAAGGUACCAGCAGUCCCUGCAAUGCUGAGGGUGGUGGUAUGGAACACGUGGAUUAUGAGCUUUUCAGGUCCAUGCACCUACCUCAGUGGAUGUACUACCAAGGUCUAUUUAAGAAUCAGGUUGUAGCUGCUGGGAUUUAUGUAGUCAUAACCAUCCUUGCUCAAGUGGGAGGGUGAUCGCUCCCAUCAGCAGCACCCAUACAGCUCAGUAACCCAGAAAAAUGCAAAGCUCUGAGUUAUGGUUGAGGUUGUUGAUUUAAUUUUCCAGUAUUUGGAGGAAAAGGUUUCGGGUGAUGACCCCUGGGCCCUCAGUCGCUUUUUUGUCCAUGCCCACUCCAAACUGUUAGCCACUGACCAGCAGGAACUGAGGAGUGCAAGGAAUACGUGCAGUCCUGAACGUGGGCUUGUGCUCCUGGAAGUUUGUAAGAGCAGUGAAGCCAUGCCAGCUCACAGUAAAGGUUGUCACCAGUGCUCCUCCACAAGGAAAAGCUUUGCUCCUGCUGCUCAUUAUCUCACAUGGUCCUGCUGAUCUUAAGCCCAGAACCAGCUGGCUCCACAACAUCGGCAAAGACUCCCAGGAAAACACUGCAUUUUGCUUUAGAGGAGAAAUGAGCUCCAGAUGCUCUCAGGAUGUCCUCCCUGUUGCAGCCACAGGAGCAAGCUGCCUACUCCCACCCACAAAGUGCCUGCUGUUGAAUGUUACCAGAGCUUGGAUCAGGGACGCGGGUCAGGUGGCACUGUGGUGUCCCUGGGAUGCCAUGUGAGUGGGAUUGAGUCAUGUUGCUGUGUGAAAGGGUAGACCAUAGGAUGGUGGCAUGAGCCAUCUGCAUGGCAUGGGUGAAGGGACAGCCUUGUGUUUCCUAAGUAGGGCCUCCAGCUGAGAAAGGAAAGGCUCCUUGGAAUAGCUGUGAGGUGCUACAUCCCAGGGCCUGCAGACAGGGACAGCUAAUCUGAGCCCCCACAUGUGAGGAAUCAGCCCCAACUGCUUCAACCUACUGAACUGCCUACCAGAGUAGGUGUUGAUGGAGAGUCAGCCUGUUGCUCCCUGGAAAUUAAUUCCUGUGUGGGGUCUCCUACCUAGGUGUAUGCAGUCAUCUCUGUGCUUGACUAUCACCAUUUCCCCUUUGGGGGUGCUCUCAGCAGCGAGUGAGGCAGCAUCAGCUCUACAGCUGCCUGGAAACGGGGAGCUCCUCAAGUUUUGUGGGUGGUGGUUGUUUAAUACUACUGCUUUCACAGCUCAGUGCCUGGGAAUCAUCUGUCUAGAAUGGACUCAUUUCAUAGCGUUCUUCCAAGGGCACACUGAAUGUACUCUGAUAGUUCUUUUGUAAAGAAAUGUAUAAAAAUAGCCUGUGUUGGCACUGUGAGUGAGGCCAAAGAUGAGUUGUGGUGCAUGACAAUGGGAGCAGAUGACAAUAACAUGAACCUCUGGAAACCAAAAGCUUUUAGUGAUACAAGAGAAAUCUUGUUUACCAAAAGAAAAGGGCUCACUGGCAUGAUGGGAAGUGAAGUAGAAAUUUUAGAGGCAAUCUGUUUUUGAGGUUAAAAGUGGCCUUGAUGUUACCAUAGGGAUUCUUAGGCACUAAAGUAACACAAAUAAUCAACAGCACUUCUUCCACGGUGCUUUUCUGCUGCAGGUACUUCUUGAACUGAUGUUAAUUAGCAUGGUGUUAACUACUGUGAAGUAUGUGUAACCCUUCAGCAAAGAGCGGUGUGGAAUUGUUAUCAGGUUGAACAUUUCUGGGGCACCAGGGGAGAAUCUUUAAACAGGGCAGAACGUUGUUUUGGGGGGCUGGCCUGUCCUCUGGUUGCUGUGGGAUGCAGAGCCCAAGAUAAGCCUCUGUUCCCUGCUCGAACUCUAUGCCCAUGGGAAGCAGGGAGCAGCUCCUCCCCUUCCUCCCCACCCUUGCCCCCACAGUGCUGAGGGUUGACUUCCCUCAGGAACACCUUGGCUCUGGUAGAGCAGAGCUGACCAUGUGAUCCUGGUGCCCUUGUUCUGAGUUUUCAUGUUGCUGGAGGGACUGGGGUUGAGGAUGUCCAAAGAAAUGUAUAUUGGGUUGGGUAGCUGGGCUCUGGCGUGGAUGUAGGGAGAAAGUAAGAGGGAGGGCAAGAGGAAAGCGAGGUUAAAAUAUAACUUGUCAUUGCCUGCAUCUUCUGAGAGCUGCAUUGAAGGGGAGGGGGAAGGCAACCAAGAGCAGCAUCGCUGCACAGCCCUGCCACUGCCAAGGUUCAGCUCAGCUGCCUGCCUGUGGACGUCCAGGGCCACCUGGGGUGCCCUUGGGCAUCAGCCUUGCAGAUGGGUCCCCCAGCUCCCAUGGUGGCUCUGCGACACCAGACCCAUCCCCCUGCUUUGGAGUAUCAACCUGCUGGCACCUUCCAUGUAAUUUCCUGCUGGCUUGUGUUAUCUCCCUGAUAAUAACAAAAAUAAAGUAGUCCCUGAAUGGAUUAUUUUUCUUGUAAACAUUUACGUGCUUGCAAAGCGUGCGCUGCAGAAGUGGUUUUGCUGAGAAACUGAAGCAUCUACAUUGCUGUUUGCAGGUUUGAGGCUUGCUCAGUGCCAGCCUGUGGUGGAGUGCCUUUCUUCGAAACUUUCUUCCACUUUAAAAGCCCUCAGGGCCUAAUCCAGACCUCGAGGCAUUGUGGACCAUUUUGGUUUCAGUGCUGCCCGUUGCUUGAUCUGCAAGCUGAGAUUUCAACAUCAGCUGUGGAGGGAUGUAUCCAGGUGUGGGAAACAAAACAGUCCGAGCGAUGAUCGUGCGGUUCCUGACGAAGCGGUUCAUCGGGGACUACGAGCCCAACACAGGCAACCUCUACUCCAGGCUGGUCCACCUGGAGGGGGACCACGUCGCCGUGCAGAUCCAAGACACGCCGGGGUGCAUCCAGGUGCAGGAGGACUGCGUGCAGGUGCUGGACUCCCUGUCCAGGUGCGUGAAGUGGGCAGAGGGCUUCCUCCUGGUCUACUCCAUCACAGACUACAGCAGCUACCAGUCAGUCCGACCUCUUUAUCAGCACAUACGCAAGGUCCACCCAGACGCCAGGACUCCCAUCAUUAUUGUGGGGAACAAAGCAGACCUCCUCCAUGCCAGGCAAGUACAGGCGAAAGAGGGACUACAGCUGGCAAAUGAACUGGGCAGCCUGUUCUUGGAAAUCUCCACAAGUGACGACUCCCAGGGCGUCUGUGAUGUUUUCCAGUACCUUUGUAAGGAGGUCAGCAAACUACAGCACGCCAGUAGCAUGGACAGGAGGCGGUCGUCCAUCAUCCCUCGGCCCAAAUCUCCCAACAUGCAAGAUCUAAAGAGACGUUUCAAACAGGCUUUAUCUUCCAAAGUCAAAUAAACCCCCUGAUGAGAUCCUGCGUGACUCAAUAGACUUUUUUUUUGUAAGCUAGUUAAUAAAAAUCUUUAUUUUUGUACUAAUGCCAGCAGUAUGGAAGUAAGUAUGUCAAAGCUUGCCAUUUCCUUGCCAUUCUCUCUUGUUUGACUGGUUGGGUUAUUUUUACGGGGGAAAAAAAAAGUGCUGCAUAGCAACUAAAUAGAAAUAGUUGAAGAAGAGGAUUUUUGCCAGGAGGUUUUGAUUCCAUUUCUGUUUUGGGCUGGGAUUUGCUGUUUUACUCUGCUGGAAUGACUUUUUUUGAGCCUCAGUUUCCUGAUUGUAAAAUGGAGGUGGUGAUGAUGUAACACCUGCCUUUAUAAAACGCUUGGAAAGCCUUUGAUGGAAAGCUUUAUAUGGA